GGGGCCUGGCGGGCGGGAGCGCGAGAGCGGCCGGAGAUGUCCUCCCCGGAGGAGACCCUGCUGCUGGUGGAGCACCGCUACGUCUGCUCCGAGUGCUCCCACCUCUCCCCCUCCCUGGAGGAGGCGCUGCUGCACCACCAGCAGCACCUGCAGGCCCCGCCCCCCGCCCAGGUGAGCCCGCAGGUGAGCCCCGCCCCCGGCCCCGCCCACCUGGAGCUCUUGGGGGUCCCGGCCGAGCUGGAGACCCCCAGCCAAUUCCAGUGCCUGGAGUGCGGCGCGCUGCUGGUGACGCCGGGGCAGCUCUUGGAGCACCAGGAGCUCCACCUCAAACUCUUGGGGACCCCCUCGGACCCCCCCAAACCCCCCCAAAAUCCCGGCAUCCAUUUUGAGUGCCCCGAGUGCCGCGCGCUGUUCCAGAGCCAGGAGCUGUGGCUGGCUCACCGCCAAUCUCACCGAAACCCCCAAAAUCCGCCCCAAAACCACGCCAGGGUGGAUGUGGAGCAUUCCUACCGCAAACCCGAGGACGGCGACACAAAUCCCGAAAUUCCGACCGAAAUCCCGGCGGAUCCGCCCGCGGAAAGCGCGGUGCAGCUCCUCCUCUACGAGUGCGGCGAGUGCCUGCAGCUCUUCCAGAGCCCCAAAGAUUUUUUGGAGCACCAAGUGACGCAUUUAGCGCCGGCACCGGCGCCGCCGCCGCCGCCGUCGCAACCGCCGGAGCUGCGGUGCCAGCAGUGCCGCGAGCUGCUGCCGUCGGCGCGGCUGCUGCGCGCCCACCUGCGCUGCCACGCCCUGGGGCAGUUCCGCUGCCCGCUGUGCCCGCGGGUGCUGCCGGACCCCGGGGAGCUGCGCCGGCACCGCGCCGGACACUCCAGAGAUUCGUUGUUUUUGUGUCUGGACUGCGGUUUGGCGCUGGACACCGAGGCGGCGCUGCUGGCGCACCGCCGCGCCCACGGCGCCGAGCCGCUGCACCGCUGCGGCGUCUGCGGCAAAACCUUCGCCAGCAUGACCAAAUUUUUGUACCACCGGCGCUCCCACGCCGCGCCGGGCCCUCUCCCGUUACCGGAACCGCCGUUGGAUCCGCCGAACCCCGGCUUGGCGUGCGGGAUGUGCCCGAAAUCGUUCCCCAACGCGGCGGCGCUGUCGCGCCACCAGCGCUUCGUGCACCGCCUGGAGCGGCGCCACCGCUGCGGCGCCUGCGGCAAGAUGUUCAAGAAGGCGUCGCACCUGCGCAACCACGCGCGGACGCACACCGGGGAGCGGCCCUACGGCUGCCGGCAGUGCGGCCGCGGUUUCAACUCCCAGGCCAACCUGCUGCGCCACCAGCUGACCCACACGGGCGAGCGGCCCCACGAGUGCCCCGAGUGCCACAAGCGCUUCGCCCAGACCUCCACGCUGCGGCAGCACCUGCAGGUGCACCUGCGGCGCUUCCCGCACCGCUGCGGCGAGUGCGGCUUGCGGUUCCACCGGCCGCACCGGCUGCUGCUGCACCGCGCUCACCACACCGGGGAGUAUCCCUACAAGUGUCCGCAGUGCGGGCGGAGCUUUUUGUUGAGGAGGUUGCUGGAUGUCCACCUGCUGGGCCACGCCGGGCGGCAGCCCCAGGUGUGCCAGGGGUGCGGCGCGGCGUUCGCGGGGGCGGCGGCGCUGCGGGAGCACCGCUGCGGGAAAUCCGGGUGGAAAUUCGAGUGCGGGGUGUGCGGUAAAAAAUCGGGGACGGCCGCGCGGUUGCGGGCGCACGAGCGCAUCCACGGAGCGGUCACUCAAUCAGAAGCUGGUCAAGCGGUCAGUGAAGUGGUCAGUGAGGUGGUCACUGCACCGAAACAGCGAAGAAGCGGCGGUAAAAAUUUGGAAUGCGAAGAUUGCAAGAAGCUUUUCAGCACGGAGACGUCGCUGCAGGUGCACCGGCGCAUCCACACCGGGGAGCGGCCCUACCCCUGCCCCGAGUGCGGCAAGGCCUUCCGCCAGUCCACCCACCUCAAGGACCACCGGCGGCUGCACACGGGCGAGCGGCCGUUCCGCUGCGGCGACUGCGGCAAGGCCUUCGCCAUCGCGGUGCGCCUGGCCGAGCACCGGCGCAUCCACACCGGGGAGCGGCCCUACGGGUGUCAGGAGUGUGGGAAGGCGUACAGAAGCUUCUCGAAUUUGUGGAAGCACAGGAAGAUGCACCGAGGGGUCCAUGUGGAGACCCCGAUGGAGAUACCAGAGACCCCCGGGGUGGGGCUGGGGUCCCAAAUCCCGGUGCAGAUCCCUGAGACCCCCCAGGAGACCCUCGAGAUGGGGCUGGGGGCUCAAAUCCCAGUGGAGACCCCUGAGACCCCCAAGGACACCCUCAAGAUGGGGCUGGGGUCUUCAGUCCAUGGGGAGACCCCUGAGACCCCCCAGGAGACCCUCGAGAUGGGACUGGGGUCUCAAAUCCAUGCAGAGACCCCAGUGGAGACCCCCAAGGAGACCCUCAUGGUGGGGCUGGGGGCUCAAAUCCAUGGGGAGAGGCCAGUGCAGAUCCCUGAGGACCCGAAGGAGACCCUGAUAUUGGGGUCGGGGUCUUCAGUCCAUGGGGAGACCCCAGUGGAGACCCCCAAAGACACCCUCGGGGUGGGGCUGGGGGCUCAGAUUCAUGAGGAGGGUCUGAGUGAGACCCCCAAAGAGACCCUCAGGGACCAGGAGCUCCCCAAAACGAGCCCAGAGCCCCCCCAGGAUCCCCCCGGGACCCUCCCGGACCCCCCCCGAGCUCAGGAGUGA